AUGGCACAGAUACAUCUCCCCAAAUACACAGGUCAGCAGGAUGCUGAAAGUUGGUGGGCAGAUUUCUACAAUUUCAACUUCCUCCAUCGUCACACAGACACCCAAUCCUGUAGAAUUCUGCCCUUCUACCUGGACGGAGCUGCUAAAGUAUGGUUCAGGGACCUGCCUGCGCACACACAGCUGGACAUCCACUUGCUGAAAGCAGCCUUUCAGCAACGAUUCCGAAGUUCGCCAGCUUUCAAUUUGAGUCUUCUUGACAUGACACAGAAGAAACAGGAGGACGUUGGAGACUUCAUCACCAGGGUCCAAGCAUCCGCGUUACACUCCUGCUUACCACAAUCUGUGAUAGUAGCCAUUGCAAUCAAUGGGCUACUCCCACAGAUUAAGCACAACUCCCUCAUCCCACCAUCAGCAGCACGAGCCCCAGGUCCAGCAACAGCCACCCUCCCCAUCACCAAGAUACCACCAGCAACCACAACAGGAACCAUACCAACCACCACAGGAUCCAUACCAGUCACCACAGGAACAAUACCAACCACCACAGGAUCCAUACCAGUCACCACAGGAACCAUACCAGUCACCAUAAGAAUCAUACCAACCACCACAGGAACCAUACCAGCCACCAAAGGAACCAUACCAGUCACCACAGGAACCAUACCAGUCACCACAGGAACAAUACCAACCACCACAGGAUCCAUACCAGUCACCACAGGAACCAUACCAGUCGCCACAAGAAUCAUACCAACCACCACAGGAACCAUACCAGUCACCACAGGAACAAUACCAACCACCACCACAGCAGUACCAACCACUACAACAUCAAUACCAGAUACGGCAGGAACAAUAUCAACCACUACAGGAACAAUACCAACCAUCACCACAGCACUAUCAGCCACCACAGAAGGAGUAUGCAGUCCCACCACCUCAGCCCCACCACACAGCACAGCAACAACAACAGACGCCAUCCUUCUACCCGUACAGCUCCAGCAACAGUCAACGUCUGCCAAUUCCACAGCACCUUCGAGGCAGAUGUUGCGGAUGUGGUGA